GCUGAGAGCAGCCAGUCCAAGAGGAGGAACCCUGGGAGAACAUGUGUCCUUGUCAUUCUACUAAAAAUAAUCAUUUGGAUAAAACAGGCUUGAAUUAGUCUUAAGGUUAUGGUAGAAGAACUUUGACUUUGAGUACCACGUCAUUGAGUCGCAUUCUCACCUCACGCGUACCGGUGGCAGCCAUGAGCUUCUCCAUCGAAGAACGAGGAAAUCCCAACACUCUGAGCUACAGGGUGUUUUACAAGGACCAGGAUGGAAAAUACAUUUCGCCAUUUCACGACAUCCCUUUGUACGCAGAUGAAGCCCAGAACAUUUUCCAUAUGGUUGUGGAGGUACCCCGAUGGACAAAUGCAAAAAUGGAGAUUGCCACAAAGGACCCACUUAAUCCAAUAAAGCAGGAUGUAAAAAAGGGGAAUUUGCGAUAUGUGGCCAGUGUUUUCCCACAUAAAGGUUACAUCUGGAACUAUGGUGCAAUUCCUCAGACCUGGGAAGACCCAGGCCACAAAGACUGUGAUACUGGAUGCUGUGGUGACAAUGACCCAAUUGAUGUCUGUGAAAUUGGAAGCAGGGUAUGCUCACGAGGAGAAGUUAUCAAAGUGAAAGUCCUGGGUGUACUGGCUAUGAUUGAUGAAGGCGAAACUGACUGGAAAGUUAUUGCAAUCAAUGUUGAUGAUCCAGAAGCAAAAGACUUGAAUGAUAUUGCUGAUGUUCAGCGACUCAAGCCAGGCUACCUUGAAGCUACGGUGGAUUGGUUUAGACGGUACAAAGUACCAGAUGGGAAGCCUGAAAACCAGUUUGCUUUUAAUGGGGAGUUUAAAGACAAGGACUUUGCCAUUAAGACAAUCAAAAGCACCCAUGAUUUUUGGAAGACACUUAUUUCACAACAGACCAGUGCAGGAGGUCUGAGCUGUAAAAACACUUGUGUGUCAGAGGCAGGAAGUCCAUUCUUCUUCUCAGUGGAGGACGCCAAGGCAGUUGUUGAUGGCACUUGUCCCUGUGGCGAGGCAGGAUGUAUUCCAGACUCAGUUGACAAAUGGUUUUAUUAUCAGAAGUGACGAGAAAACAGCCCAAUCUUGAUGGACCAGUCUGAUUUCCUCCAUUUAGAGUAUGUGCACAUAGACAGAAUAAAUAAUUUAAAAUGGAUUGAAAAAUAUCAGGGUUAACACAUCCUUAUAUAUAUAUAUAUAUAUAUAUAUAUAUAUAUAUAUAUAUAUAUAUAUAUAUAUAUAUAUAUAUAUAUAUAUAUAUAUAUAAUGUGCAUACAGUCUGUGAUUGUUAUGGAAAGUAGUAGUCUGGUCAAACUUGAAAGUUGCAUCAAUAAAGUCUUUCUGCUUGUUCCUGCCACUGU